AUGAAUCCCUGCUGGGAUGAAGCUUGGAGCAGUUUUAUCGAUCUGUUGCCGUACAUCCCACGAAACUCCAGUGCAGGAUUGCGGGUUGUCUCGCUCGCGACCGACAGCGCCAGUACUCCUGCCCAGCAUUAUCUGCAGCAUCUGGUGAUGAAGGUUCUUGAAUUGCGAGAGCCGAAGCUCACUUUUCCUGAACCUGCAGAGGGAGAAGCCGAGCCUGACGCUGCCGUUGAAGAAGAAGCUGAAAACGUUCCGGAAAUUUCUCGCCGAGCGUUUCACGACGAAAAUAAUCAAAGCUAUGCUGCUGUGCAAACUGCAGCGAAGGAGCAGGAUCCGAAUUUCGAGCGCGAUAGCGGUUUCGUGAUACUCCAUUCACUGUGUGCUGAACAUCCGAAUGCAGCUGGUGGGAAAAAAGGCGUCGAAGAGUUUUUUCGCAUGACUCAAACAAGGCAGGAGGAUUUUCUUACCGCGCAGCGCCGGGUGUGUUAUGCCACGAACUACCAGCAGCUUUCGAUGUUGCUGGAGACCGGGAAGAAGGAGUUCGCGAAGAAAAUCAAACGGCGGUUCACGAUCAUUGAUCAGAGGGAUUUUCUUGAUCAUGUUGUAGCAGGAUUGCGGCCGGGAGCACGAAAAGAAGCAGUGAGCAAUCUAUUUGAAGGUGCUUACAAUAUUUUUUGUUCUUUUAGACUUGGAAAAUUAUUUACUCUUAUUUGUUUUACAUACAUGCACUAACCAUUAAAUCAAUACGCUUUCGAAUCCUUGUUCUUUUGAUUCAAUUCCUAUUCGAUUUUGUUUAAAGCAAAGGAAAUAAGUAUAAAUAUAUAUUGUAAUUUUUAGUUUUAAUUUUUUCUCUUCAUUUUCACAUCAACUCCAAGCGCCAAACAUACAAAUAGGCUACUGGUCGGAGGAAGGCAUUUUAUACGACGAUAUCUGUCGAUACGUGGCAGAAAUUUACGCCGGGAUUGGUGUGCCAGCUCUAACGCGUUGGGGAACAGUGGGGACUGCAGCGUCGGAAUCUGUGCCGGCUUUUAUCUGCGGCUUGCUUCACAUCGUCGGGUGGCACGUUGGCAAGAACUUGUUUAUGCGGAAGAAGCACAUCGAUCCGCGCGUAGGAUGGGUCAGCUGGAUCCUCAACGUCAUCCUGCAGCCAUCGGACCGGCUGACGCACUCCUACCAACGCGACGACACGCUGCUUCGGCGGCGUGCUUUGAAAAAAGUGCGGGCAGAGGUUCUUGCGUCUUUCAAUACGCUCUGCGGCCAUUUCCGGGGAGUAACGCGCGUUUUUAACACGAUCAUCAUUCUGGAACAAGGCGAGCAGCACAAAAUUGGAAGGGAUGAGGAAAAGUCGCAUUUUGUUGCAGCCCUGUGGGCAGUGCUAGUCUAUGCAGCGGCCAUGGAAUUGCGACUACGGAUUCCAGAUGCGCAAGAUGACUUCUUCGCGGAGUUUGAGGAGAAAAUCAGAAGCGUUGGGGCGAGAGAAACUCUCAGGUGGGUGCAGAGCGAAUUCGUGGGGAAGCCUGCACCAGUUUCCAGUGGUAAGAUGAAUAUUAGUGGACUAGCAACCAUUCAUCGACUACUCCGGAGAAGAAAACUGCUCGCGCAACUUCGUAUCCUUCGAAAAUUAUCGAAUAUGAGGAGGCAGACCCACAAAACGACAAAAAGAGUAGAGAGUCGUCACGCGAUAGCGCAGCGAUGCGGGCGUCGCAUGGGUCUGGAGAGGAUUGCCGCUAGGACGAACCUGUCCGUCAUUUCGGGAGCUUAUCGCAGAUGCUCGGUUCUUCGUCGGAAGUGGCUGCGCGCUAGGCGGAUCGCGAGUCAAGUGGAUAAAACGAAACAGCGAAACUACCGGAUCUGCGACGCUAUGCGGAACGAUAAGAAGACCAUGGUCGGUGGCGCUGGAAGUUUAUCUCAUCGAGAAAGGCAGAAGUACGAGCGAUACGCGGCAGUUUUGACUCGUGAAAGAUCUGAAGCUGAUAAGGCGAAGCAAGAAGCAGCGCAGGCGACGCUGGAUGAUGAGGGUGAAGACGCGCCUUUUGCUGAAUUAGAGGAGUCAAAUAGAAAACGCGACUUCUACGAAGCUGUGAAGGAGCGGGUUAUGCAGCAGUACUGCAGGCCGCAAGAAUAUCAUAAAGCGGGGCGUACGCUGGCGAACGAGUUAGUCGAUAAGACGUACUUGCCCGUGCGGCAACGAUGUGAGGAACUUGGGACGGAGGGCAGUCAAUUUCCCAUGUACGCUCCGCCACCGAUUCCGUCUUCUCGAGCAGAAAUCGCUAUCAAGAAGUUUGUCGAGGAGCGGAGUGCGCUUCUGAAGCAAGUGGAGCAGGAGCAAGAAGAGAGAGACGCAUUUGAGGAGGAGAAUGCUGACGCAAAGGACAAGGAGGAAGAAGCCAAAAACAAGAAGGCCGAAAAAGAGCAAAAGCAGAAAAGUUCAUCUUCAUCUUCAACAACAAAGACGAGGGACAAGUCAGAGGGCAAAACUACAAAAGACCAACCGAAAGCUGCACAAAUUUUAGAAGAAAUGGAUAAGAAACUAGCUAGGAAAAAAAAAGCUGCUCGAAUGGUGCUUGUAGUAGAACUAAAGAAGAAAGGCUCGGACUCUUACGACUUUUUCGUGUUGCCUUUCCUCUUAGCAAAAGUCGGAAUGCCGAUGUUUAGCGGAUUCAAAUUGGAUGAGCAGAAAAGGCUGAACUUCCGAAAGCUAGAGGAAGCGAGCUUUGUGAGUCCUUGCAGCGACGUCGGGCCGAUCGAACAGUUGUACGAUUUGGAUGCGGAUCAUCGUUUUCAUUUUGCGAGCGUCAGCGUGGAUCACCCGAUGGAGCAUCUAAAAUUUGCUCUCGAUCAUCAGUGGGUGAAUUCCGGAGCAGCAGCAGUCAGUGGCAACUCCGGUGGCGGCAACUCUUCCGUCGCGCGACGACCAGCAGGGUACGGAGGCGCACAGGAGCGCGAAGUCGAUGAGGCUGACGGAAAUGAAGAAGUUGCUGUGAAAAAGUAUCAGAUAUGGAUAAACACCGGCGCUCGACCUGACGUCAACAUCGCUGACAUACAGGCUCAGCCAGCGCGCGCACAGCAGCCGCCGGAAGCCGCUGCCGCAGCCGGAAACACUUCGUCUUCAUCAUCUUCUGCUAACGUAACAACAACAAACGCCUCAUCCGCAGCCAAUGCAAGUAGUCGGCCGGAGAUGACGGUAGACGAGCGGACGCAAGCAAGAAACGCAGUUGCGCGUCACGGUUUGGCAGAGUUUAGGACGCGGAGAUCUGGUCUAUUUCGAAUGCCACGAAUGGAUCACGAUCGUUACGUGACGAGGCUUAACACAUCUUCGCAUCUUGCCGAUACAUUCUUCGCAAUACUGGAGCAGGAUAAAGGACUGGAGAUACUAGAAACGGGGAAGCAGGCCGGGAUGAAGCAGAAAGCAGUCAAGCAGUGUGGGCUUGCGCCAGCGAGUGCGCUGCUGUCUGCCUGGAUGCAUCGAACGGUGUUUGUCGUGAAAUACUUCACAAAGACCGAACAAGUCUUCUCGAGUGCUGAAAAGCAGAAAAUUCAUUCGAUCUUCCGUGCUUGGAUGGGUGAUACGGUAACGGUAGCGGAGCGCUUUAUCAAUCAAAAGAGUACCAGAAACAUACGUGGCCAAAAGACCGGACUUACUCAGACGGAGUUCAAGCAGUGCACUACGCUAAACGAAGCUGCGAUAUCUCAUCUAAAGCGUUCAGUAUUGACGCUUGAAGAAGCUCCUGCUGCUAAGCAGGAAGUCUUAGCGGGAAUGGGUGAAGAUGGAACAGAUAGCGAAGGGGAAGCAGAAGACUUGGAUCAUCUCGAUCACCUUCAAGAAGAGCCAGACCUGCAAGUCUUCGAAGAGAUUUCUGAGAACCAGUUGGGUCGUGAUAAUGGAGUAGGCUUACUCGCGGAAGACGACGAUAUGGAUCUCAUGUGUGAUUUUGAUCCUGCCGUAGAAGAACGUAUCCAGCAAGGGAUUCGAAACCGGGCGGCUUUCCCUAACAUUCCAGAUUCCGGACAGACGUCUUCGCAGUUUCAAGAAGUACAAGAUGACCUUGGCGAGAUAUUUCUCGUCCCGAGAAAUGUCAAUAAUCGUGAUAAGAAGACUACGUCUACUUCGGCGGGUUCUAAAUGCACACAGACCGGACCUGCCCCAGCGGUUUCUUCGUCUUCGCAGAGGAAUGGCGGAAGCGCAGAUCUUGGUAGAGAUCGAAAAGCCACACAAUCUGCAUCAGCUGGAGUUCCUGCUGCCGCUACUAGUAGUUCCGCUUCAGGCACGACAGACGGACAGUCGACUACACGAGCAGGAAAGGAGACGAAGCCAAAAGGGAAGGAGAAAAAGAAGAAAGUCACCUUUGAGGACCAAGAGGACGACUUGCUCGCGGACUAACAGAUUGCCUGUAGCAGGAAUUGCGAACGCAGAGGCCGAAGCGGCAGCAAAUUCAGAGAUAAGUGAAGUUCUCAUCAAGUUUUAGACUUUCUUUAUGAAUUCCUGACUACUCAUCAUCUCGAACCGAAAACGAGGCCUAUGCGAGCACCUUCAUAGCACUAGUAUCUUUCCUUUCUGAUUAGCAGAACACGCCCAUUUUGGCACUUUCCAGAUUUUGGGUCGAAAAGUUGAGUUUUAUGCUCCCUUAUAUUUUUUCAAUAUUUUUUCACAGUGGAUUUCCUUACUCUCGAGCAAGUGCUGUGGAUUUGAGUGAAAAAAUAUGGUGUCUAGAAUUGAAAAAAUAAUGGAAAAUUUUGAAAAAAUAAUUGUCCUCGUGUAGUCCUGAUUCGCUAAGAUAGAAAACGAAUGUGCCCGGCAGCGCAUUCGCAAGGGCCCUUUUCGUGACCCAAAUAGUGACCAUUUCUAGUCGAGGAAGGUGCCAUCUAGUUGUUGACCAUCACAAAAGCAGGACGUCGUGUACUCCUAUUUAGGUGAAAAAUGACGCUUAUUUUGACGACUAAUUUGCAUGCCUAAAUCUCAUCACCUUAUGCUAGAAGUUGAAUAGUUGAAACAGAUUUGAAUGAAAGAGACAUGAUAAAAGUGACUUUUCUCCAAGUUUAUGACCUCUAUACUGCACUGGUAUCAGACAAAUUUAAGGCAUUUCCGAAGCUACAAAACAGCAGUGCAUUAGCCUGGACUGACAUCAGAACUGUCUCUGAAAAUGAGACCAUCUUUCUUAUUCUUGACUUCAGGAGAGUCUUUCAGGAU